AUGAGUCACCUAUACCCAGGGCUACUCUCAGCCUACAACAGUCUGACAGACAAACACCUUACUGGAUACUUCAACAACACCCGGAUCAGGAGACAUCUCCAGAGAGUUGGCCUGAUCACCAGGAGUGGGCGGAUUGUCCCAGACAAAGAGUACAGACACAAUGUGAUGCAGAGAGCGCACCAGAGGCAUGUGAGGGAAUGCCUGGCCCAGGCCAUCUUCCAUAAGGUGCUGGACAUGGAGCGUCUCCAUCAGAUCGAGAUCAAGAGGAAGUUGGAGGAUUUUGCCCGGAGGGAGAGAGUGCAUAAAAUCAAGGUGGAACGUUCCAAGAGGUACGAGGAGGAGGUAAUCCAUAUCCUGUCUCCACGGCCGCCCACGGGCCCCAGGGUCUCCCACGCACAGCAUUCUGGGCCAGAGGGGGAGCGCUCUGAAUCCUCGGAAUCUCCGGGCUCGUCUCGACCCAACACGGCUCCAGGGAAGAUGCAGAGGCCGGUGCGUCUGAAGCCCAUCCAUAGUAACAGCACCACAGCCUCCCACAGACACACCUCCCCCUACAGGCCCCAUGACUCCUCCAAUGAAACGGACCAGCCUUUCAACUGCAUUAUGGACAAAGACUCCAGAAGACAUUUGACCGGGACAGAGUUUUCCCGUGGUAUAUCCCCCUACCGCCUUCCAGUCAUCAACAACUUUGUUACCCCAGUGCCACCUCCGACUAAGAGGAAAGAGAGGGGUGGUUUUAAGGGUACCCCCAAUGGCACUUUCAGGGGACGGAGACUGCGCCCCACCACGGCCCCAAGUGGCCCCGGAAUGACGGAGGACUCUACCCUCCUGCGGACCUCUGUGCAGAGUAAAGUAUGUGUGAGCAUGGUGUUCUUUGGAAAGACAGUGCACCUGUCACAUGACCUGAUGGACAUGAGGGAUGAGGUGAAGGUGUUCCAGCAGCACUGUGGGGGAGAGAACCUGUGUGUGUACAAGGGCAGAGUCCAGGAGGGAGAGACGUUCCAGUUUGUGUCGCGGCGCCACCGUGGCUUCCCCUUCAGCCUGACGUUCUUUCUCAACGGGCUGCAGGUGGAGCGCCUCAGCUCCUGCUGUGAGUUCAAACACAGGAAGGGCUCCCGGCUAGGCGGCCGCCACGGACAUUUUGGAUUCUCCAGCACGGAGGGAGCCACGCCCUGCUACAGGUGUAUCAUAGCCUUGGGUUUAGACAAGAAGCCCACCCCUCCUCCAAAGAGAGUCAAAGAGGAAAUCAUAGGCACCCGCCCUCUAGACACUGGGAAGGACACUGCAGAGGUGGAGGAGGAGAUGAUUGGUAAAGACAGUCACUCUCAACCAGAGCCUGAGACAACUCAGCCACAGGACAUGGAGACAGAGAUCAAAGAAGACAUUCCACAAGAGGAGGACAAACCCAAAGACGACUAUGAAGAGGACUUUGAGGCGGACGACGAGGGGCAGGCUGAGGACAAGAAAAGUGUUCCUCCCUCCAGAGAAAGAGACGGAGAGGAUAGAGAGAAAGACGACCGGUCUGACAGUGAGGAUGAUGACAAAGAUGAAGAGAGAAGGUCAAGGUCAAGGUCAGACUCCAGCUCCUCAGGAAGUGACAUGGACGACAGUGAGGCUGAGGCCAAGGAGGACCAAGCAGUCAACCAGGCAGCUGACCUAGAGGAGGCUCCUCCCCAGGCUGAACAGGCAAAAGACAACCCCACCACCAUAGCACUUGAUCCGGACCAACCACCCACAGAGGAUCCCACCACAGCCACAGAGAGCAGCUCUCCUACCCCACCCCAGACCACCUCGACUGGGGAGGAAGACACAGGGACCUUGGGGUACAGCCCUGGGGACAGCACAGCGAGACCCACAGAGCUUGAGGUGUCAGACACAAGUGGGCUGUCGGAGAAGGAGGGGAAAGGGGAUGAUGAUGGGAGUGCUGAGGCUAAGGAGGAAGACAAGGAGAGUAGGGCUAAGGCGGAGGGUGAGUCUACACAGGAGGAGGCGCCUGAGAGGGCCAAGUCUGUGCAGGAGAAACUAGCAGAGGCCAUUUUGAAGGAGGCUCAGAGUCACUCAGAGCCAGAGCUGAGUGACACCAGCACUGAGACGGAGGAAGACCCCACUGAGAAAAACCAACAACAGGACACCAUUGGUACGGAACCAGAGCAAGCCGGGGCUUUUACUCUGGAGCGUCAGAUCAGUACAGAGGAAGUGAAUUGUGAGGAAAGUUCACUCAGUGCACAGGAAAUGACCUCACAGAGUGCUGCCGAGGGAAAAGAAGUCGGGACUGAGCUGAAGAAAGAGGAGGAAGAUGGUGCACCGGAGUCUGAACAGAUAACUGAAGAAACCAGUGGUGUGACAGAGGAGAAAGAGGAGGAUCCAAAAGCCAGUCCAGAGACGGAUGAUCAAGAAGAGACAGACAGCAAAGUAGAAACAAAGGGGAAAGAAGAGGGUGAAGAAACUAAGGGCAACCAGGAAGAAGAUGAGGCUGUGGAUCUUCAGGCAGACGAGCCAGCUAAAGCAAGAGAUUCUGUAACUAGUAAAGAGCAGCAGGAAGAGAACACCACAGCAGAUCCUGACAUACCACCUAGUGAGUCAGAGGAGAUGAAAAGCACUAAAGAUGAUGAGUCAUCUGCACCAGAAGAACCAGCGAGCAAGACUGAGAUAGAAACAGCUGUGACGGGUGAGGCAGGGACUGAGGUGGCAGAGAGUGAAACAGUAGAGAUGAAAGCAGAGCCCAUAGAGGAUUCAGAGUCCCAUAGCCAUAAAGAGAUGUCUAUAACUGACAAAGACAGGCAGGGAGAUGAGGAGGAGGACACGGUUGGAGGCACAGAGACAGAAGUCACAGCAGAUAAUUCCAACAGCGUGUCAGAGAAAAGUGGAGAUACUACUGUCUGUGCUGAAAAGAGAGCAGGGGGAGCUGAGAAGAGUGAGGAUGCACCUGGAGAAACCGAAGCCAAACUUGAGAGGAACACAGGGGAGGCUAUGAAGGAAGACAGCCUAGAAAAAGAAGCUGGUCAGGAUGAAGUUGGAGGAGAAACGACUACAGAGGAUGAGGUAGAAAAUGAUUUUGCCCAAAUUGAAGAAGGGAAAGUAAAGGACGGUGAAAAGACUGGAAAUGAUAAUAAAGAAGAAAAGGAAGAGACUGAGGAAGUAAAUACUGGAGCAGCUAAGAGAGAUGAAGAGAAAGUUAGUGAGGGUAAGGUAGACAGAAGUGAGAAAGAUGGGGAGGAUAACGCAGAAGAGGGUACACAGGGCGGAGAAAAUGCAGAGGGGAAUAAGGCAGAGGAGGAAGAAACAGAUGAUAGCAAGAAAGCAGCAGAAGUAGAAGAUAAGGUGGAGUGUGAAGAGAAGAAGGCUGGACAGGCAGAAAAGGAAGACAGUGAUGGAGAAGAAAUUGUAAAAGAAGAGGGCAAGCUAGAAAGUGGGGAAAUGGUUGAAGAAAAUAAAGCAGCAAAUGUAUCUGAGCAUGAAACAGGAGAGAAAGAGGGAGAGGAAGUAGUUGAGGAAAAUGUUGUGGAUGCAGAGGAAGCCGGUGAACUUAAAGCAGAGGAAGGAGAAAACAUGACAAUAACUGAGGUCAAAGUUGAAGAGACUGAGAUCAAAGACAAUGUUCAAGAAUCUGCAUGUGAUGUGGACGAGAAUGAUGAAUCUGAUAAAGAGAAUGGCUCUUCUCCAAUUGUUGGCGAUAGCACUGCGGCCAGAGAUGAGACCCGAGUCAGCAGGAAAGAAACAGAGAAAAAGGACAGUGAGGUAGAUUCUGAGAAUGGAGAGACAGCUGCAGCCUCUGAAGUUCAGAGUGACACUGCAAGAGAGGAGACAGAGUCCACAAACCAAGAUACCCAAGGCAAAAACAAUACAGGAGAGGACAAGGUAGAUGAAAAGGACAUGGAGGCAGAAACAAAGACAGAUGACCCAAACAAGGUGGAGACAGAGGAAGAUCCUAAAGACCAGGAAGAGGCAAAUGACAAAUGUGAAAAUACCAAAGUAGAUCAUGAUGCAGACAAAGAAGACAAAGAAUCUAAGGCUGAGAAAUCUAACAGAGAUAGCCAUGCUGGUUCACAUGUUGGAGACCCAGAGCCAGUUAACACUGGGGCUGAAUCCAAAGAAGAGGCUAUGUCAGAGAAUGCUGAUAAGGAGACUAAGAAUGUCAAGGAGAUAGAGACAUCUGUGGAGUCUCAAGAGCAGUCUGAACAAAAAACUCAGUCAAAGGACAGAAUUGUAGAUGCUACACGUGAGAGUGAAGAUAAGAACCCAGAUACAAGCACAGAUAGCUUGGAUGACGGCAAAGAGAAAGUUAAUGAUGCUACUACAGAGGUGAUUGUUGUUUCUGAAGAGACACAAGCUCAAGCUUCAGAACCCAGAGCUAUGGAGUUAGAAGAUACUACAGAGACUGAAUCAGAUCUGAAGGAAAAAGAACAUAAAACGGAAGACGAAUCCACAGAAGGGUCAAGCAAGCCAUCUGAAGACGGAGCCAGCGUUGUGCUCAAACCUCAGUCAGAAACACCACAAAAAGAAAGCAGUGCAUCAGGUAAAGAAGCUAAUGUACUUGAGGAAAGUGUUAAAGCUGAGGACCAUGCUGCAACUCCAGAGACCUUGGAGAAAGGAGACAAUAGGGAUCUUGUAACUAACUGGGUGAAUGUACAUCAAUCCUCAAAGUUCUUCGAGACAUUCAUAGAGCCCCUAGAUGACUUUACUUCUGACAAUGUCAUCAGUGAGUCUAAUUCGGAUGCCAGGGCUAUAGCGCCAACACACGUGACCGAACUUUCUAGACCAGAGAGACCUACUAAAACGGCAAAGACACCAGACCCGAAACCUGACGAUCAUGAUACCAAUGCCUCAGAGAGGAGCGCAGCCGUUGGAGGCGGAGGUGACACCAUUGUUGAGAGUACAGUAACAGAACUUAAAGAGGCAGCCCCAUCAACAAAAGAUGCAAAUGAGUCACACAGUAAUAACAAGGUGGAAGUGAUCCAAUCAGAUCUCAGGAGUACUCACUCAAGAGACGAUGCAGCCAGUGAAACUGGGAUAACGAAAUACUCUCUCGAGGUGAAAGAAGAAACAGAAGUCACUCUCUUCACACUCUCUACUGAACUUGAACACAGCAGCAGAGAAGACACAGCUGGGCCACAGGAGGAGGGUCAGAGUUCUUCAGAGGAGCUCAAAGGAACAGCAGGGAUGUCUGAGGAUGACAAGGACAAAGAUAUGACAAUGCAGGGAGAAACUGAUCUGACAGAAAUGUCCAAAACUGACGUUGAAAGUAUACAGGGCUCUAACCAUUCAGCUGCCAGUGGUAGGCCUGAAAAUAUCAUUGAGAAUCCAGCAGAGACUGAAGAAACCAAAGACAAUUCUGGGUUAGACGAGCAACAAACAUUGGAAGAGAUAAACGUCCUGACAACGUCUGAGAGUCCAAAGAAUCACUCUGAAUCUGGCACAACAUCAAGAGAACCAGAAGACACCAAAGAUACAAAGGAACCGAAAGAGCAAGAGGCUGCAGAGGUUACAGAAAUAACAGAGCUAAGAGUCAUUUCGAAAUCUGAGAAUGAGAGCCAGGAAUACUCCCAAAGUGUACAGCUCCAUUCCAAACAACUGGAUGGAAGCAGGAGUGGAGACAAAGAAGACCUACAGCUGAUUGACCAGCUGAGCACCUGCUCAGUGGAAGACUCUUCGCUGUUUGGCCACACCUCAUACCCUCUGUUGACAACUGCACCGACUGACGGUAAUUAUUAG